UGGGUCGCUGAGGGGGCCCCGCUCCGGCAGCAACGGAGGCAGCCCGCCGCCUCGCCCUCUCCUCCUCCUCCCUCCCUCCCGUGCGGCCGGCCGGUGCCUCUCGCCUGCCUCCCCUUGCCGGCGGGUCGCUGUCCGUUCAGCACCGCAAUGAACCCUCCUUCGGCAGCCGGGGAAGAGAAAGGCGCCGCGGGGGGCGGCAGCCAGGCUUGCCGGGGAGCCGAAGGUGGCGGGGACCCCCGGAGUCCAGCGGCAGACCUGGAGGAGCCUGCGCUUGCCGGGCCAAAGGAAGAGUCUCUGGAAGAGAAGCUGAAGAGUUUAACCUUCAGGAAACAGGUGUCCUACAGGAAAGCAAUCUCCCGGUCUGGUCUUCAACAUUUGGCUCCCGUUCAAAAUCUCAACAAUGCCAUCUCCAAUGGGCCAACCAAGGAGCCAAGAAUGGCACUGGAAUGGAGUGAAAAUGCAGUGAAUGGCGAGCACCUCUGGCUGGACACCAACGUUUCCGGGGAUCUGUGCUAUUUAGGGGAGGAGAGUUGUCAAGUUAAAUUCUCGAAGUCAGCUGUUCGGCGAAAAUGUGCUGCAUGUAAGAUAGUAGUCCAUAAUGCCUGCAUGGAACAGUUAGAAAAGAUUAACUUCCGGUGCAAGCCAACUUUUCGAGAAGGCAGUUCUAGAUCUCCAAGAGAGAAUUUUGUUCGACAUCACUGGGUGCACAGGCGGCGGCAGGAGGGGAAGUGUAAGCAGUGUGGAAAGGGGUUUCAGCAGAAAUUCUCCUUUCACAGUAAAGAGAUUGUGGCCAUCAGCUGUUCAUGGUGCAAGCAGGCGUUUCACAAUAAGGUCACCUGCUUCAUGCUGCAGCACAUUGAGGAGCCAUGUUCUCUAGGGGCUCAUGCGGCAGUAAUCGUACCUCCCACUUGGAUCAUUAAGGUGAAGAAACCUCAGAAUUCAUUGAAAAAUUCAACCAGGAGGAAGAAAAGGACAUCUUUUAAAAGGAAAGCAAGCAAGAGAGGCAACGAGGAAAACAAAGGCCGACCAUUUGUGAUAAAACCCAUUUCUUCUCCACUCAUGAAACCCUUGCUUGUAUUUGUGAAUCCCAAAAGUGGAGGAAAUCAGGGUACUAAGGUUCUCCAGAUGUUCAUGUGGUACUUGAAUCCACGCCAGGUUUUUGACCUCUCUCAGGAAGGACCAAGAGAUGCGCUUGAAUUGUAUCGAAAAAUGCCAAAUUUGCGAAUCCUGGCCUGUGGAGGGGAUGGAACGGUGGGCUGGAUUCUUUCUAUCCUGGAUGAGUUGCAGUUGAAUCCCCAGCCUCCUGUUGCUGUGCUUCCACUUGGCACUGGGAAUGACCUUGCCCGCACUCUCAACUGGGGAGGGGGAUAUACCGAUGAGCCUGUCUCCAAAAUUCUUUGCCAUGUAGAAGAUGGAACCAUUGUCCAACUUGACCGAUGGAACCUACAGGUGGAGAGAAACCCUGAUCUACCCCAAGAUGAGCUAGAGGACGGAACCCGGAAGCUUCCUCUCAGUGUUUUCAAUAACUACUUCAGCCUUGGAUUUGAUGCCCACGUCACUCUAGAAUUCCAUGAAUCUCGAGAAGCCAAUCCAGAGAAGUUCAAUAGCCGCUUUCGUAAUAAAAUGUUUUACGCCGGGGCAGCAUUUUCAGACUUCCUUCAAAGAAGCUCUAGAGAUUUAUCCAAACAUGUGAAAGUUGUGUGUGAUGGCACAGACCUGACCCCAAAGAUUCAGGAGCUGAAGUUCCAGUGUAUAGUGUUUUUAAACAUACCCAGGUAUUGUGCUGGCACAAUGCCCUGGGGGAAUCCAGGCGAUCACAGAGAAUUUGAACCUCAGCGGCAUGACGAUGGCUACAUUGAGGUCAUUGGAUUUACCAUGGCAUCCUUGGCUGCUCUUCAGGUGGGAGGCCAUGGAGAAAGGUUGCAUCAGUGCCGGGAGGUGACAUUAUUGACGUACAAGUCCAUUCCCAUGCAAGUGGAUGGAGAGCCUUGCCGGCUGGCUCCCUCACUGAUCCGCAUCUCCUUGAGGAAUCAGGCCAAUAUGGUCCAGAAGAGCAAGAGGAGGACAUCUAUGCCUUUACUCAAUGAUAUCCCUAAAGUGCAUUCGGCUGACCUGAGGAGAGUCUCAGCUCCCCCCGACUCCUUCGCCAUUCCCCAAUCCGUUCCAGAACGCCUGAGGAUCAGAGUGAACAGAAUUAGUUUACAAGAUUAUGAGGGCCUGCAUUAUGACAAGGAAAAACUCCGGGAAGCUUCCAUUCCUCUGGGAAUUAUAGUUGUACGAGGAGACUGUGACUUGGAGACUUGCCGUAUAUAUGUGGAUCGUCUGCAAGAGGAUUUACAGUCAGUAACUUCAACACAGCGAGUUCACUACCAGGAUCAGGAAACUUCUUUCCCGCGAGUACUUUCUGUACAAAGACUUUCUCCUAGAUGGUGCUUCCUAGAUGCAACUUCUGCUGAUCGCUUUUACCGCAUCGACAGAUCUCAGGAACAUUUACAUUUCGUGACAGAAAUUUCGCAGGACGAGAUUUUUAUCCUGGACCCAGAGCUAGUAUCAACGCAGUCUGCAGGAACACCUCCAGGAAUGCCUGAUCUGGUAGUAGAGCAGGCCUCUGGAAUAUCAGAUCGGUGGAACCCUGCUGUCCGAAAACGCAUGCUGAGUGAUAGCGGUCUAGGGAAGAUGUCCCCACACUACGAGGUACCUGAAAAACAAAAGGAGGCCAGCCAGACGCACAUGCUGCAGUCUCCAGUUUCUUCAGAAGACCAAGCACUUUUACAGUCAGUAAUAGCUGGUGAUUUUCUAAAAUUCAUAGAAUGCUGUAAAAAGGGAGCUAAUCUGUUAAUCCAGGGCCCUGACCAUUGUUCCUUGCUUCACCACGCAGCCAAGACUGGUCAUGGUGAGAUUGUGAAAUAUAUCCUGGAUCAUGGUCCUUCAGAGUUACUGGAUAUGGCAGAUAGUGAAACGGGGGAGACGGCACUGCACAAGGCAGCCUGCCAGCGCCACCGUGGUAUCUGCCAGCUCUUGGUAGAAGCUGGUGCAUCAUUGAAAAACACAGAUUCCAAGGGUAAGACACCGCGAGACAGAGCCCAGCAGGCUGGGGAUCCAGAUCUAGCAUCGUACUUGGAAAGCCGACAGAAUUUCCCAGCAGUUCCCCGUGAAGACCUCGAGACAGCAGUGUGAUAUCUAUGGUUUAGUGAGGGAGAGAAAUCUUAGGAAAAUGAGGCUGCACCUGAACCGCUCGGGUGUCAUGUGAGGAAGAAACCCAUGGAAUCGACAGUGCGUCUCUCACGAAAAAUAUCUGAAGAGAUGCCAUCAGUUUCUAAGGGCUACUGAGACUUGCCACGGAACAUUCGUGAUUCCAGAUGCUAGCCUGUAGGGAUGAAGGAGGAGACUUGAAAGGUCUGUGGAAUCCAUGGGCCAAGGAAAUUUACUUGUAUUGCUCUCAGCAAGUAGCAUGAAUGUCUCCCUUGUUCCUUUGCAGAAUUUAUUUGAAGACAAAACCUAGAAAGUGCGGGGGAAGAAACAAAACAACGUGAACAUUCAUAAAACCCAGCCAAAACUUUCCCUUCUUCCUUCUCCUGGCCACGGAACUCUCAUGCUCCCUUAUGUUUGCCCGACAUUCCUGCUCCCUCACUUUUCACAGUUGCCCAUCAGUAAAGUGAUGUUUGUUUAUCUCUGCACUAAAUCUUCAUGGCUGCUCAGCAGGGGAUAGGCAAUGCUUUGAAGAAAGCUAUGGGUGCCCAUGGCAAAACUGUACUUUUUAAAUAACGAGUUUCCCCUUUAUGUUCCCUUAGAGGUUGCGUUGCCAGAAAAGUGGCGCUUGUUUUGAACAUAAUUCUUCUUCUGUCUGACUCUGAUAUGCACUAGGACUGUCACAGAAUAAAUCAUGGAGAAGGGAGGAGAUUUAUUAUGAAUUUGAAAGUGGUAAAGUUACUAUGUGAUGGUGGACCAAAGAAAAAAACUGGUCGAAGUUGAGAUAUACAAAACCUCCAUGAGGAAAGUGAGCUGGUCAAAUUCCUUUGGCUUCCAGGAAAGUUCCUCAAAUGUUCUGUCUGAGGACAAACUUCCAUAAUUCACUUUGAAAUUUUACUUUUGACAAAAUCUGGUUACAACCUCUGGAUGCGUGGAAUUCACCUGAGAAUUUCUUCUUAUAUUCAAUGUGGUGGCCACUCUAAUAUGAAUUUUUCAUUAUCUCUGUUGAUCAUGACAAGCUGGCUAUGUUUAGUCCUGCAUCUUUUCUGAAAUUAGCCAUAUUUUACUGCAGGUCAGAAUAUAAAAAAUUAAGAUGAUGGAGAUGAGAAUAAGAAUUCUCCACAGAGUUGUGUAUUUGGUUCACAAACCUGAGCCUUAGCUCUUUCCCUGUGCUUUAAUGGUCUCUUGAAGAAAUUGAAAAUUAGUUUCAAGGUUUGAUUUGCCAAAAACAAAUACUAUGUUAAAAACAUUUUUUAAAUUAAAUUUCCUUUCAUAGGACCAUGUAAACUGAUGGUUAGAAGAAAACUGUUGUUCGCAAAGAAGUGAAAAAGUUAUCCUAAUAAUUAUGAGACAAGGGACAUAUAGUUGCUGUUCUCUCACUGCUUCCUCAGAGACUAAAACUUUUGUUUGCUUACCUGUGGUAAGUCCUGGUAUUGCGUCCUUAUUUUACCCUCCUGCCUCCAGGAGGUCACCACAAUACUAACAACAACAACAAACCCAGUCAUUCACAUUUGUACGCAAAGUAUGUCAUAGUGAGGAUUUCCAUAUUUGACUCUGAAAAUAAUAUUUUCAUCUCGUGUUUGCUGGCCAACCCUGCUGAAAAAACCAUGGCCCAGAAGCUCUAUAAGUAUGUAAGAUGUUUUGUUAUUAAAGCAUCCAUGUAGUUGCAGUUACCUACGAGGUGCAGGUGAAGCUGACAACUUAACUGUAUGUCCAUGUACUAUUUGUUGGUCAAAAUGUCUUGCACUCCAUGAAGAUCUUGUACCCCAGCACUUCCCAUCCUCACAGUGACAUUCUGGGUUGUUUUGUGGACCUUGGGUUGACACUUUCAGGCAAACAUCUAUUACCCCUAGAAACUUGUAAUAAACCCCAGGUUAAUUGUGCUCCAUGGAUCUUAAGGGUGCCAAGUCCCUGAAAACAUGGCAAUCCUAGCUUCCUUCACAAAUGGCAGACAACUGUGGGAAUUACUCCGGCAGUAUACUGAAUGGGGUUAACGCCAAUGGACUUACAAGGGGGAACUCUGUUUAAGAUUCCACUAUCGGUUAGUUAACCGCUGAUUUCACAUUGGAACAACCAUGCAUCUCUACUCUUUGGUGGUAGGAUCUUUUUCAGUGGGAUUGCAAGAAAGAGUUAAUAUUAUAGAACGACCAUCCCAGUUUAGUAAGCAUAAGAAGGCUUUAUACAUUGGAUCAGAGUAUUCCAUGCGCAGUGAUAGCAAUAUAAUUAUGUAGGUUCAGGGUGGAAAUUAAUGAAAAUGAUCCAGGGGGCUACUCUAUGAUGGCUGACUCCUUAUUUCUUUGCAGUUUUGAUUUGCCAAAACUGUGUUGUGGCUGGAUCUGAGCUGGCCACUGUAUAUUAUUUAAGAUGCCUUGGGACACAAAACUCAUGUAGCCUUUUCAUUUCUUCUGUCCAGCUCAUGGCAAGUGAUACCAAUGGCAGAACAAUGGCAUUGAGCCUUGUUUGCAAAGGUCGCUUCCCCUCCACAUUCAAAGAGAGACAUAGGCACAGGGAGCUCAGUCAGAGGUAGACCUUGUUAUGACAAAGACAAAGCCCAGCAUGAAAGCUGGAGCAAAAUAAAAAAAAGGCAUUUUAUUGUGCCCAAUGCAUAUUCAAGUUGACCUAAACCUCCAAAACCAACAUCCAUGACUGGCAAACAACACAUUGACAUUAAGCAAGAUAAAACUGUUAUUUGCUCCUUAAAUAGCUUUUAUAUGACCCAUGGUACUGUCUCUUCACCAUGGAGGAAGAAUAUUAGGUUGAGCUUAUAAAUUCACAAAUGCAGUAUUACUGGCCAUAUUGUUGGAUAGCACUACAGGUGUGGCUUCAGAUUUGAGAGGAGCUCUGGACUAUGGCCUCUGGUUGUGCAAAUACACUCUUCUGGAGUGAAGUAGCGGCACGUGGCUCCUUUAUGCUGUUUACAGUCCAAACAGGAUCAGCAGGGCUUGAAGGAUUGCAAACGAGCUUUGCUGUGUCUAUCCCCAGCAAGAAAUGGGGUGCUGCCCCAGGCAAUCGCAGGUGUCCUGUGGGAAGGGUGACUGGGUGAAGAGCAAAGAGUAACUUCUUUGUUCUCUUUUGUGCUUUUCACUCAGGACUUUGGAGAUGGGCCAUACUGAGCCUUAGGGGCCCUAUCAGCUGCCCCAUCACGCACAUCUCUGCCUCACAGCACCCUGUUUUCACAGCUCUUGCUUUCUGUCUUCAGUAUUGUUCCAGUGUCUAUGUUCUGAAGGAAGGGAGAGCAAAGUUCUUUCAGACCAUACUUUCGGGCAUAUAAAGCAGCCCACAAUUGGACACAGUGCUCAUACAACCACCUAGGGUACCAGUUCUCCAUAAGAUCUGUCCAGGUGGUAUGAAAAUUUUUACCCAUUCCCGCCGCUUAAUUUUCUCAGUUCCAUUCUUUUUUCAUAUUUCCAUUAUCUUCACUAUGAUGAGAUGUUAUGGAGAAUCAGUUCUGCAGUUGCUUCUAUGUUUUUAUUUUGCUUUUGCAGUCAAAACACAAUUGACUUAUGGUGAUCGGGUAUUUAUCAGAAGAGAAAUUCAGAGGUUGUUUGCCAUUGUCCUCCUCUGCAUAUUGUCUAGGUUUGCCAGCACUGGGUUUGGAAAUACCUGAUAUUUUGGGGUUGGAGCCUGAGGAGGGAAAGGUUUGGGAAGGGACUUCAAUAGUAUAUAAUGCCAGAGAGUCCACUUUCCACGGCAGUCAUUUUCUCCAAGCCUACUGAUCUCUAUUGUCUGGAGAUCAGUUGCAAAAGCAAGAGAUCUCUAACUACAAUCUGGAGGUUGACAAUCCUAACAGUGACCCUGGUAUUCCUUAGUGAUCUCCCAUUCAAAUGCUAACUAGGGUUGCUUAGCUUCCAAGAUCUGGUGAGAUUGGGGAAGUCAGGGUUGCUUGUAUGUAAACCAUGGAAAAUUACCCUUCUACCUACUUAGCUCUUUAUCUAAUUUAUAUCCCACUUUCCCCUGAAAUACACUUUUGGGACAAACUAGAAAAUAUAGAAUUUGCAAUCUUCCCUGCACCAGGAAUACAGGCAGAGGUGGGAUCCAACCAGUUCUCACCACUUCUCUAGAAGUGGUUACUAAUUUUUUCUGAGUGCCGAGAAGGGGUUACUAAAGCAACCUCCCUGCCCAAUAGGGACUGGAGGUGCGUGUGUGUGGCGGCGCCACUAUUUGAAUCCCACCACCAUUGGAACCUGUUAGUUAAAUUUUUGGAUCCCACCACUGAAUACAGGGCUCUAAUUUUUUGUUGAAGCCACAUGGAGAGGGAAGAGACAGUUGAAUCCUUCAGUUCCUGCAUGGUUUUAUCUAUAUAUUUUUUCUAGCAGUCUUGGAAGGGGGAAAAGGGCCCCCCCAUCUUUUUCUUUCAUAGAACUGGGGGGGGGGGUUUACUACCUAAAAUCCAUGCAGGAUUGAAACCAGCUCCAUUCUCUACUUUGCUUGGAUCUGAAUCCAAGUCCCAUGACCCAGAAGUGUUGCUUUUAAAGGUCCUUGGAAAAUCUGGUCAUGGAUCUCCCAGUAUCUGGUGCUAUUUGAUCCCUAAUCAUUGAUUAUUCAUUUAACAAUGUAUACCAAUACUGCACAGACAAUAGCUUUAUGUGAACCAUGCUUAGAUCAUUGUGUGGGGGUUUCACAGGCAGGUUUCUAUUUCCAUAUAGCUGAAUCAGAUGAUUGUCCAGGCUUCCCAGUGUAGAUAUACUUCUUAUGCAUGGAGAUGGAAACUAUAUUAAGUCUGCAAUUAUUUGCAUGCCUAAGUAAGAGCUCAGGUAUGCCUAAGUCUGCAUCAUAUCCAGGGGAGAAGCAACCUGUGUGUGUGUGUGUGAUUGUCAAUACCUGGUCCUCAAGAUGUGUGUUGAUACCAUGCAUAUGGAGGUGCCUUUUUUUUAGAGUGUUCACAAUGCAUGGAAUGGCCCUGAAUGGCAGGAAUAUGUAGGCUUUGUAUGUCUGAAUGUGUAGGUGUGUGAUAGUGACUGCAGCUGCCACAAUUGAAGCAAGUUUUGCCGUUUCCAUAGUCUGACAGAAUUUACAGGAGCUGCAGGGCAAAUGCCAAAUGGCAGCAUCACCACUGCAGAUCUUCAUGCUCUCUCCACAUUGACAGAAAUCUCAAAUGUGUGGCGUGAUGUCCCAUCAUUGAGUUGUCAAUAGGGAUGUUGCUGAAUUCAGCAAGAUUGCUGGUCCACUUUGAAUAUUGUCAUUUCAAUUUUGCUUCUACCUUGUAUGCAUCAAGCCUUUUGUUUUUGAACAGUUUUUCUGCAGGGGAAAAGGAAACUCCCAGUCUGAUAACAUCAUAUCACAUAACACUUGUUAAAGGUUACCAGGGAGAGAAGAGAAGUCACAACAUUGCUAUUUUCAGCAAGGAAGUCAUGCAGUUUCUGUGAUAUCUUUCCAGCCAAAAUUUAUUGAACAUUAAAUGGCUUUGGAUAACUUAA